AUGUACAACUAUCUGGUGGUGCUCGUGUAUGGCGUUGUUUUUUGUGCGAAUGGUGUGCACAACACUGUACUCCCUCGGACCAGUGAGUACGAUGGAAUGCGCGCGGCAGUAGUUGAGGCGGAAAGUAACUACGGUAUCGGUGGGAAAGUGUUUCUGAAUUCCGUCGAACAAAGGGCAGAUAAGGUGCUAAGGACGAUGAAAAUGCACGAACUAAGCGCAUCGAUUCAUGGGCAAGCACCCUCGGGAAUGCACUAUUUUGAUGCGAAGCCUUUUAUUGAGAACAGUGCCGUUUUUAAAGUACUGCAGCAAAUGCCCAAAGGUGCCACGCUACAUUUGCACAACUCUGCUGGUGUGUCGUCGAAUUGGGUCGUUAAGAAUCUGACCUAUCGUCACGAGGCAAAGCUGUGCCAUGUUAAUGAACGUUACUAUUUCACCGUUAGACCCGUUCACUAUUGCCCGGAGAACCAAACGAGGAAUAUAAACGACAUGCGAAAGGAACGCCAGGACGAUAUCGUCGCCUUCGACAAUUGGCUAGAAUCGAUGAUCAACAUGAAGCUGAAACCGUCCCGAAACUGGUCCUCCAGCAUUGACGAGCUGUGGGGCGAUUUUGAGAGUUGUUUCGACGCGAUCCGAGGCUUUCUGCAAUACAAACCAUUCUUCGAAGCGUACCACUGGCAGCUGCUGCACGAGUUUCACCGCGAUCAUGUGUACUUUAUCGAGCUGCGUGUAUCAUUUAGUAAACUUUUCGACGCGGAUGGAAAAGAGCACGGACCACUGGAAGUGGCGCAAGUAAUCCAGCGCAUUGUGGAUGAUUUUCGUCGUCUGCAUCCGAAGUUUCUCGGGGUAAAAUUGAUACAAGCAAAGCACAAAAAUAUGAGCGAUCAGGACCUCGAGAUUGCGCUGAAAGUGUACGGAAAUUUAAGCUCGACGUAUCCUGGUUUUGUGAUCGGAUUUGAUCUCGUCGGGCAGGAAGAUGUCAAUCGAUCGUUAAAAAGCUUUGCUUCACUGCUUCUGCAUCCUUCUGGGGUUUCUUCAACACCGAGAUACUUUUUCCAUGCCGGAGAAAUAGUUGGACGUUUUUCCGAGGGCGAUGAAAACAUUAUCGAUGCGUUAUUGCUCGAUACAAGGCGCAUCGGCCAUGGUUAUGCGUUGAUGAAACAUCCCAUUUUGUGGCACGCAGUUCGUCAAAGGCAAGUUGCAAUUGAAGUGUGUCCCAUCUCGAACCAAGUGUUGGGUUUGGUGAGUGAUUUACGAAAUCAUCCUGCUGGAUUCUACGUGGCUCAAAACAUACCGAUCGUGAUUGCAAGCGAUGAUCCUGGCUUUUGGGAUGCUGCAGGUGUGAGUUUCGAUUUCUAUUACGCUUUUAUGGCGAUCGCUCCCCAAACCGGGCUUGGUUUUCUUAAACAGAUUGUUUGGGAUUCCAUCAAAUAUAGCACAAUAAGCGAAACGGAAAGACAAAACAUUACCAACACGAUGGAAAGCCAGUGGACGGCGUUUGUGAACCAACUGGCGGAUGGAAACUUUGCUGAAAAAUGA